CAUCAUCGCCGUAGUCGUCGUUUCUUUAGCUCGCGGUCAUCAUCAUAUCCGUCGGAAAAAUGGCAUAGGCGUGUUCUGCAAGAGGUGCGUAUAAUACCAUACGACGCUCGCACGCCGCACCGGUGGCAUACCGAUCGGUGUAUCACAACCGACCAAGUCGAAACGAAAUCCGCCGACGGGGGAGGGAAUAAUAAUAAGAAGAGAAAAAAAACCCACCGAUUUCAUGUGGAAACGUUUACAUCCGACGCUAUUGUUUGACGGUUCACUUGUCGCGACAACGUUUUUUCGCCGAUUCACGCGAAGACAGCAAUAAUCAUAUACAUAUAUACCGGCGGCGGCGGCGGAGGCUGAUCACACACCCCGACGACGACGACGACGACGACGGCGCCGCUCGUUAGCGGUAUAAUAUACCGGCGCAAUCAGUCAUUAACCUUCCGUGCACUUCAGUCGUAGUCGUACCUCUCCGCGGCCGUCACCCCAGAACUUGCAAUAAUAUUACAUUGGUAUCGUAAAAGCGGUAUACCGCGUACAACUUUAAAGUCAACCACUCGCUGAACCGGGGCCAACGACAUGCGCCCGCCGUGGUUGCCACUGUGUCCUGUCGUCCUGUACCUGAUCGCCGGAGCAACGGUCCCGCUGGCCGCCGACAACGUCACGACGUCCACGCCGGUACAGGAAAGUCUGCAGGCGCGAUGCUCGAACAACUACACGAUGACUUGCGUCAAGAGGGACGUGCUCUUGUUUCUGGAUGCCAUGGACGGCGAACGGAGCUACGAGCUCUAUCCGGGAUUCACGUUGUUCCAGAGGCGCAGCCCGUCAGCUGGCCUGCUGCCGAGCAACGAGUCGCUGGACGCGGCCAACUCCAGCCAGCUGGACCACAUGAUCGCCAAACGGCUCAACGAUUACGUGGAGAGCAUCGAUCUGCGGGUCAGACUCCUCAAUCCGAUAAACGCGACGGCCCGAUCGGUUGGUAACAGCAUGCUCGAACGGAUUUUGCCGUUUCUCAGAAUGAGUAUGACCAAACGCAUAAUGUUAUUAUUUACCGUCAAGUCUUUGCAUUACUUACUGCCCAAACUGUUGAAAAAACUAAGAAUCUAAGUACACAAGACUGACGUAGGUACAUACACACAACGCACUAUACAGACACCCCACCCUAACCUUAUAGAGUUUUUAGGAAAUGUCUUAGCUGAAGACAAUACAUUCGACGUCCUCUUAAAACACACUUAUAAAAAAAUAGUUAUUUUAUAAUAAGUGAUUUAAAACUAUGUUAUGCAAAUACAUGCAAGUUUAAACUUUUAGUUUUCGCUCAGUUAUUUUCGUUUUGUAGAGGCUAAAUGGGCCUAUAGGGACGCCCCAAUAUCAUAAUAAUAAUAUAUAUUAAUAUAAUUACAAAUACAGUA